CCCGGCAGCCUGGCUCACCUUACCCCGCUCUGACACACGAUGCCAGGCACAAAAGGCUCCUGGAGAUAAACGGUCAGGGGUCUCUCCAGGUUCACUGGCCUGCUGAUCGCAGAAAUGGAGCCGGUGUACCGGGGGCUGGGCCGCUGUGUGUGCUGCUUCUGGCUCGCGGUAGCCUUUGACAUCAUGGGGCUUCUGGUCCUGCUGCUCGGGGUGUUCGUGAACGUUUUCUUCUAUGACCUGCUCAUAUACGCGGGAGCUAUCGUCAUCUUCCUCAGCCUCAUCUGGUGGGUGUUCUGGUACUCCGGGAACAUCGAGGUGUCCCCUGCGGAGCUGGAGGAUGAUGUAGGGUUACUGAAGAAGGACCGCGGGGCUCUGGGCGGCCUCAGCGGGGCGGUGCGGCGCCUCUCCAGUCGCGUGACCUCCGGCAUCAGGACAUCCUUCCGCAGGAACGGAGCACCGGCCCGCGCGAACAGGUCAGAAGGGGCCGAGCAGGUGGCUGUUGCCAUGACAACGAUGACCCCACAGGAGCACACCCCGCGAACUCCUGUCUCAUCAGUGGGGGGCUGUGACGUAGAGAUGCCUGCAGAAGGGAGAGGAAGACCUGAGGCUGUGGCAGGGAGAACUCUUAUCUCCGCUCACACAUUAACAGACGUGGUUUGAACAAUGGCCGACUCACCUGAACCUGCUCUGAUCUCAACCCUCACCCUCCAGACCUCCUCCACUUUUAUACUGUUUGUGAGUUUCAUGAGACAUU